CAGCCAACAACUUGGAAAGCUCUGAACAUCAAACCCCUUACUUUUCGAAACAUUGGAAUGGAAUGAGCAACAUACAUCUCCAUCAAACAUCUCAAUUAGAUUUCGGAUGACGAGGAUGUUUGCGUCACCAUGGCGCCCCAGCAGAAGUUCCAAAUUACAUCUGGUAGUAAAGAAUACAUCAACAGGACCAUUCAAGUAUUAACGCCUGCCUUCCAAAACGACCCGGUCUUCGCAUGGCUCCUACACAAUUAUCCCCUGUCUAAACACCAGUCUGUUCUCGCAAAGCUUUUCCGGGCUUUCUUCACUCAGGCCUCGCUUAAUAAAGCGAUAUUUAUCGAGGUAGACGACUUUUCCUGUUGCAGCGUUCUCAUACCACCAGGAGCGAGUCUUGAUAAUCCGCGGACCCUGUUGAGAGCAGGACUGAUCCCAGCCCUUUUUACUAUAGGCCCGGGAUCAUUUAAGCGGUCUAUGUUUGAGUACUCCAGCGGCGCUGAGCCUAUGAUAGAAAAGGCCUUGACCAAGGAGGAGCAGAAGAACCACUGGUAUGUCUUCAUUAUGGGGACAGCAGUGGACCGUCGUCGACAAGGCUUUGCGAGCUCGUUACUUGUACACAUGCAAGAACGUGCCACAAGUGACGGGCGACCUCUAUGGCUCGAGGCUACCACACCAAAUUCUCGAAACCUUUAUUCUAAACAUGGCUUCGUGACUGUCGGCGAAGUAGUUCUAGGGAAAGGCAAAGUCGGUCCUGACGGCUUGGCGAGAAAAGGUGGGCAGGGGAUUACGAUUUGGUCCAUGUACUGGAGACCCUCAAGUUAGAAGAUAUCUAACUGGGUAGUGUCUGAUACCCUCAUUGAGUGGAUGUAGUGAACCGCUAUAAUACGCGUCUAUAGAUAUUGGUUCGUCAGUGGACUGAUGAUUAGGUACUUUUCCGCUUCUCCCUA